AUGUGGAAUCAAUAAUUCCAGCCAGCUUAUAAUCUAUAUGCAUAACCUUAAUAACCUUUAUUUUAUCCUAUAUACUUCGUUCCUGUAAUAAAUGGGAAUUAGGGGUAUCCCGAUGGAAAUUUAAGCAAUUCUUUAACAACCUAACUAACCUAAUAACCUCCUUAAGUUGCUUCACAAGAUGUACCUUUUUAACCUUCUUGUUCACUUUUUAAUAAUAAAUAAACUUAAGAAUCUCUAGAAAGUGUUGAUUCGGUAGUUUUAAACAAAAAAACCAAAAACUCUUCUCAAUCAAAAAAUCUUUCAUAAAAGUCUACAAAUAUUUAAAAAAAUUAUGCUAAAGCUAUUGUAUAGUACGUUUUAAGACAAAGGGUAGAAAUACUCAAGUAUUUGGGAGAAAAGCAAGGCAUUGAAUUUUUAAAAUUACUCACUUAAUUAAAAAAUAACAUUAAAAAUGUUAAACAUUUAAUUAGGUAUACCAACGAUGAAAAGCAAUUAAAAUUAUUUAGAAUCUUAUCAAAUCGAUUUCUUAAGAAAGAGGCGAUAGGAUAUGCUUACAAUUCGAAUAUUAAAUCGGCAAGUUAACACAUUUAGUAUAGACAUCUAAUUUAACUUAAUUUACAGAAAUUUUGA